AUGACUUGUAAUGUUACUAUUAGUUUUAAUGAAGAGGUCGAUGAUUCUUUCGUUGGUUAUUUUACGUAUGUGGUUUGGUUUAUAGUUUUUCCUAUUGUCAUUUUAAAUCUUCUGUUACUUUUUGUAAUUGUUUGCAACAAAGACUUACGUAAAAGGCGAUCAAACAAGUUCGCUUUGUCUCUUUUUACAUUUCAUGCUUUGAACGGUAUCAGUGGUUUCAUAGAGGCUGGAAAUGUGAUUGCAACAAGAAAGUCGUCAAUGAUGUUUAGAGAAGGUACAUGGCGGUAUUAUUUAUAUCUCUCAGGACAAGUAAUCUCAGGAUCCAUUUUCAUAAAUAUGCUUUUAAUCGUCAUUGAUCGUUUUAUGGCUAUUCGAUAUCCUUUCUUUUAUCAAAAUGUAAAAACAAGAACAUUAAUUCUCUACGCAUUUCUCAUUGGCAAUUUUCCUUACUCCUUGGGAUGGAUAGUUUCUAGUAUCAAACAUAAACAAGUUGCAUUUUUGACCAUAGCAGUAACAAUCCCUCCAGUACUAUCUUUUGUGGUAUAUGCGAACAGUGUUGUUUAUAUGCAAACACGAAAACAAUUUAAAGACAUCGUGAAAUUAACAAUUUCAAAUGAUCAUACAGAAAACACAAAGGAACGACAACGAUUAGCGAAGAGACAGUUGCGCUCUUUGCGUGUCUGUUUGAGUUUAAUGUUAUCGUUUUUGAUUGCAUGGUUACCUCUGGUUGUUUUAAUGUUGUUUGCAUAUUUUGUUGGGAGUUCAUGUAUAAAUAUAAAUCUGUUUUUGUACGUUCAUGCGUUGUGGAGCUUAAACUCUGUCGUAGAUCCAAUUCUAUAUGCAUCAUUUAACAGAGAUGUUAAAAAUAAGUUGAAACGAAUCAUAACGAUCUGCAAAACACGUAAAAAUGACACGGAAAGAGAGAAUCAACGAUGUUGA